AUGGGGGAGAGAAAGAAAGGGGAAAUUCCCAAAGGCAAAAAGAAAAAAGAGAGUAAGAAGCGUAAGGAAAAGGGCAAAAAGAAUGAAAAUUGUGUCAUGAACGGAAAAGGAGAAAAUGGCUAUGGAAGCAAUGCAAGUGCAAAAGGAAAGAAAAUGCUAGCUGUGAAAAUUGCAGUGAUGAAGAAAGUCAAGUAA